AUGCGAAGUUCUACACUGCAACCUUCCGGACUUGACCUAACGGGCCACGAUAUCACUGCUGCUCAAGCAGCCGUAGAUGAUGGUGACGAUCAUGAUGAUGAUGACGACGAUGACGACGAUGAAGCAGUGUGA